CGACGCUCGGGAAUCCAGAAUCGGGAAUUGGGAUUCGGGAAUCGGGUCUCGGGACUCGAGAGAGUCGCGGGAGUCGCGGGCGUCGGGACUUGGAACGCGGAAUGGGGAGAUUUGGGAUUCGGGAUUCGGGAUUCGGUGAACGGGGGAACAAAGGGGGUGCCGUAGGCGUGGCAGAAUCGCUAGGUUCGCCGUGAUAGGCGUGGCAGAAUCGACUGACCGCGGAAACGUCGUAGCAGAGGGGAGCGGUUUUCCCGUUACGUACACGCGGUUCCUUGCGACGUCACUUUGCGGCGCGGCGUCGGGUUAAUCGCUCGUAUCGCCACGAAAUCGAAACGUACGCUCGAUUAUCUGUCGCAGAAAAACAUAUUGCUCGCCGACCGAAUAGAUUUCGGUAUCGGGUAAAUUGUUCGACCGUCGCUCGUACCUGUGCGUCUCUCGUUCGAAAGCCUCGACUCUUCGUUCGGUCGGUUGUUCGAUCGCGAUCGGUCUAGUGAUUGGACGGACGGUCGAACGGUCGAACGGACGCGUGGCCCGGGGGACGAGCAGUCGGGAAACGGGAAUCGGGAAACGGGAAUCGGGAAUCGGGAAUCGAGAAUCGAAAAUCGGAAUUCGGGAAUACGGACGAACGACGGGUGAUCGGCCGAUCGUUCGCGUCCCGUGGAUCGAUCGCGAGUCGAUGGGCCAACGAUUCGACUACAGCGAUCGAUCGUCGAUCGCAUCGUAUCGUGCGUCGCUACCGGAGAACGUUUACCCAUAGAGAAUCGGGACGGUCGGCGGCCACCGAAACGGACUCGACUAAAAAUCGAAGUGACGCGAUCGACUGAAAGUUGUUUGGUGUCGUUUUCGAAAGGAUAACGCGAGAAUCGUAGAGAGAAGCGCAGCGAAAAAUGCCCUAGCGAUCGAUUUACCGGGUUUUGGGUUGGCGACUGCGAGCUAUGCAUUACGACGCGCAAGGUACCUUGGAGAAUUCUUAUUUACGGCAGCAAGAGUACGGACAAGAGCAGGAGUUGGUGCAAGCGCAGGAACAAAAACCGGAAGAAGAACGAGAGCAAGAACCGGAACCAGACUCGGAAUCGGAGUCGGAAUUGGAAUCGGAAUCGGAAUUGGGAUCGGGAUCGGGAUCGGGAUCGGAGUCGGAAGCCGAACUGGAACAGAAGCAAGAACGGAUACGAGAACGGGAAUUUUUUCAGCGACCGCGACAAGAAACUGGUCGGGAUAGGGCUUGUGCGAAAGAGCAGAGUGUCGAAAAAAGUGUUCGCGAACGAAGCUUUUCGUCGUGGUCGUCGUGGUCGUCGUCGUUGUCGUUGUCAGGGGAGACGAGAUCGGUCUGCGCGGUGGCAAAAACCGAGACGUUUGGAACGACAGCGGAAGAGAAGAAGGCACGUCCGGUAUCGAACGGUUCUCCGUUGCAACGCGAAAGCGGAUCGCGAAUGUCGAAGUAUCGCGAGGAACACGACUCGAAACGAUCCUCCCUAUCCGUUUCCGUCCCCAUCCCUGCUCCCGUCCCUGUCUCGCAGCAAGAGCACGAAUCGCCGAGCUUCUUUCAAAAUCGAGAGGCUACCGUAGUCGGGUGUUUCGCCGAGGAGAUGGUGUCCGCGGUGGCGAAUCGUUACAGAGAAUCGGAGAAUUCGCCCGACAGAACGUCCCCGCAGGGAUAUCCGGUACAUUCGACGGACCGGCGAAACGUUUCUCUGGGCAAGACGUCGUUUUGCAUCGACGCGCUUCUCGGUCGAGCGACGGGAAAGCAGGAGAACGUUGAUUACGAUCGAUCGGAACGAGAUCGGAGAUUUCUACCGUCUACGAGAAAUCACGCCGCGGAGCCGAAUCACCGUUUGGAGAACAACACUGUUCGCGUUCACGAACCAGAAUCGUCUUGCGCCCUGGGAAUUCUUGGGGGCACGGGAAGCGCCGGAACGACCGUUGGAGUUGUCGGUGGUACCGGUGGAAACGAAAAUGGUAACGGCAAUGGAAAUGGAAACGGGAACGGGAACGGGAACGGGAACGGGAACGCGACCAAUCUCGGUGAAACGGAAGAACCGAGGACAUCGUCCCUGGGAACAUUGUUGAGCCCGUUCGACAGAUCCGUUCAACAGGGUUCGGUCUCGCCCAGCUUGGAACUCGUUCGCGAAGCGAACGAACGGCAGAACGUGCACGAGCAACUUUCCAUGAGCAGACAGGUUCGCUUGUCCGGUAUUCGCGUGGAAUCCGUGGACGCGGCCGCGGCCGCCGCCGCCGCCGCCGCGACGGAAAUGUCGAUUCAACGCGGCAAAGCUUCCUUCAGGGGGGAUCGCGUUGCGACGGGAAACGGAGGAUUUCGAAUCGAUCGGCUGGAAAAUGUCGAGGACGAUGCUUCGAUCGAGGUUGAUCCGACGAGAACGGGAAGCGCCAGUUCCGGAAGCAACGCCAGUCACAGCCCCGUCUCGAGUCCUCCGAUUUCUCCAGGAUCGGAGGAUCCGACCGGCAACGGUGUUCCCGGAAGCUCGAAUUUGUCCACCGGGCAUUACGGUGCGCUCGCCACCGGUACCGGACUGACUCGUCAGAAUCAAGCUCUUCUCUUGCAUCCGAGCGGGCCCCUUAUACACCCUGGCGGACUGUAUUAUCACCCUGCGAGCGGAAGCGCGUUUCACUCUAUCCACAAAGAAGGUCAACCUAUCGGACAUUCGCAGGCCACCGGACCGCAUCCUCAACAGCAUCACAUCCAUCCGCUUCAACUGGAGUGGUUGGCCAGAACCGGAAUGCUGUAUCCUAGAUUACCAGCCGAUUUAGCCGGUUGUGCAGCUCAACACGCUCUUCUCGGGAAAACUAGGAGACCAAGAACGGCGUUCACAUCGCAACAGCUUCUCGAAUUAGAGAAACAAUUUAGGCAGAACAAAUACCUCAGCAGACCGAAAAGGUUCGAAGUAGCCACCUCGCUGAUGCUCACGGAAACACAGGUGAAAAUUUGGUUUCAAAAUCGACGAAUGAAGUGGAAAAGAAGUAAAAAGGCGCAGCAAGAGGCACGCACGAAUAGCAAAGUCGAAGACGGAGGAAAUACGAGAAACGCCGAGAGGGAAGCCGGAGGUGAUCCCAGCACAAACUCGCCGAGUUCGCAGGAAGAUGCUAAAGGAACGUUACAAGAAACACAGAGAAGCACGACUGAACUUCAAGAACCGCUUUAUCGGCCUUACGUGGUAUAAAAGGGACGAGCGAAGUAAACGAUGGAACGAUCGGCCGGCAUCGAUUAGAAGUCGAAAACGAGCUUCGCCGAUACCGCGACGCGUUCGACGCUCGAUACGAGUUCGAUACCUUGAACGAAACGGAACGGAAGCUCGCGCGAUAUCCGCCGCGAACGAAGGAAUACGUAUACAUGUAUGUUUAACGGGGGGUAUUACAGACGCAACAACGAUCGAUUAGACUGAAAACAAAAGCGGAUUUUCGAUCCUACGAACGCGCGCACAUUCGUUCGUUCCUGCGCGCAUUAGCGCGUACAUACAUGCAUACACGCAUACACACACGCAUACACACACGCAUACAUACAUACAUACAUACAUACAUACAUACAUAGAUCGUACAUACAUGCGUACGCGCAUCCGUGCAUAAAUCCAUGCAUACGUGCAUGCAUACGUGCAUACAUACGUACAUACAUAGAUACACACGUGCAUACAUAGUUACCUAUUACGUAAACCGCACCGACUAAUAAUCCUGCGACAUUCCUCUGUAAAUAUAGGGAACAAAGAACGUAAUCGACAAGUGUACAAUCGUAUUUCGAAGGAUACGAAACAUUCUGAAAUGUCGUCUGGUUGACCGUUACCGAGGACGAGUACGCGCAUCUCGCGCGUUUCUACUCUGUAUCGAUACGAAAAUUAUAUGUACGCGUACGUGCGAGAAUGCUGUACAUCUCCGACUACGGGACGAGUCGGAAAAGUGUAUAAAAGCUAAGGAAACGUGUAAAACGUGUAAAACGUGCGAAAACGAAACGCGCAAAGCAUGCGCGUCAAAGACUUUAUCUUUACAAUUGUAACUUUAUUCCGAGGUUAUCUUAGAUCUAUUUCGAUCGAAAACACGUACCUAUUUAUGAUAAAUGAUUUAAUUGUAAAUAUUAUUCGUGUACGACUACCGUAGAGAGUGCAAUGCGAAAAAACGUUAUACUGUGUCGCAACAAGUUCCUAAAAUAAACGAUGGAUAACGGAGAAAA